AUGGGUCGACGAGCACGAAACAAGCAGGCACCUCCUACUCCAUUGGACCAGCAACAACAUCCCAAAUCAACCUCCAAACGAAAAGCUGAUGCUCUCGACGACCCCGCACCUGUGAAAUCUGUCAAGAAAGCAAAGCAGCUCGAAUUGAAGAAACCAAAUGGUGCCGCAAAGUCUGGGUCUAAACUAAAGAAACCAGAAAAGAGGUCAGCUACCAAGGGUAAAUCCAAGGCAAAGGAUGCACCGGUUGAGGAUGAUGAUGAGGACUGGGAGGAUAUGGAUGACGAAGAGGAUGAUCUACGGACAUUGACCAAACACCAGUUCGAGGCUAGUGAUGAGGAAGAGGAUGCAUAUAGUGGAAAGCUUAGCGACCUGGAAGGGGAUAGUGAUGAGGAUGAAGACGAUGAACCGUUGAGAAGCGGAAAUGUGCAGGAGCUUCAAUUCUCGGAUAGCGAUGAAGGUGAUGAUGCUCAGGACAGAGAGGAUGGUGAAGGCGAAGAGAGCGACGCCGAUUCCGAUGACUCGGACGGCCCCAUAACGGCAAAGAAUAUGGAGGCUCGUUCACGACGGCUCGAAAAAAGAGCUGCAGAGGACGCAGAACUUGAGCGAGCAGAGGCUAACUACGCAGAACCAACUGAAGCAUUCUUCAAACUUCCAACAACAGAGGAACGUGAGAAGGAAAAGGCAGCAGGAGGUCCAGAUGUACAAGAAGUGCAAAUGCGAAUGGCCGAGUGCGUCAAGGUCCUCAACGACUUCAAGAAUUUGGCUGCGGAAGGACGGUCGCGCUCCGAAUACACUGAACAAUUAAUUUCAGACAUUGCAAGCUACUACGGUUACAAUGAAUUCUUGGCGGAGAAGCUGUUUGAACUGUUUUCGGUAUCAGAGGCCAUCGAAUUCUUCGAGGCUAACGAAGUACCCAGGCCGGUAACCAUCCGUACCAAUACAUUGCGUGCCCGUAGAAGAGAUCUAGCGCAGGCACUAAUCAACCGAGGAGUGAACCUAGAACCUAUCGGCAAAUGGACGAACGUAGGACUACAGGUUUUCGAAAGCAGCGUACCUAUUGGUGCGACGCCUGAGUAUCUUGCCGGGCAUUAUAUGCUCCAAGCCGCAUCAUCGUUCCUUCCUGUUAUCGCCCUUGCGCCACAACCGAAUGAGCGAGUUCUAGAUAUGGCUUCGGCCCCAGGCGGAAAAACAACACAUAUGGCCGCGCUGAUGCAAAAUACGGGGCUUAUCUUUGCCAACGACGCCAACAAGGCACGAACCAAGAGUUUAUCCGCCAAUGUUCAUCGGUUGGGGUGCAAGAAUGUGGUUGUUUGCUCGUACGACGGUCGUGAAUUCCCCAAGGUUCUAGGAGGGUUCGAUCGUGUUCUGUUGGACGCACCAUGCAGUGGGACAGGUGUGAUCAGCAAGGACGCGAGCGUGAAAACUAACAAGACUGAGCGAGAUUUCACACUCUUAUCACAUCUUCAAAAGCAAUUGAUCCUCUGUGCGAUUGACAGCGUUGACGCAUCAUCUAAAACUGGCGGCUACAUUGUAUACUCGACAUGCUCUGUCACCGUUGACGAGAAUGAAUCCGUCGUAGAUUAUGCCCUCCGCAAGCGACCGAAUGUCAAACUCGUCGACACUGGACUCGAAUUUGGUGUACCUGGAUUUACAAAAUUCCGUGGUAAGAAGUUUGACGAGAAACUAUCGUUAACACGUCGGUUUUAUCCCCAUGUACACAAUAUGGAUGGGUUCUAUGUCGCCAAGAUCAAAAUAGAAAAGAGACAGAAGAAAGGAGAGGAUAAGGAAGAGGAAAAUGAUAUGGAGGGCGUCGUGCUGACUGAGGAUGGGUUGACGAAAGAUGUGGACGCUGGGCCUGCAUUUGACGACGCUGAAGAUGCUGCGUAUAUUGCAGAGUCCAAGAGGAGGCAUAUCAAAAAGCUCGGUUACCGUGUCAAACCUCGAAAUCAAGCGGAAGUGGCCUCGACUAGCUAA